GUCAAUGAGGAUAAGAGCCAUAUGAAUUCAUAGUCGACUGUUCUCAUAAAAUUUUCAAAAAUUCAAAUAUAUCGAAAAUGUCUCGAUUGAUCUUGGGCAGUGUCGUGAAAAAAGCAAUCUUCCAAAAAUCAUUAAAUCAGGUUCAAAAAACAUCAAGCCGAAAUUUGAAUCUUCUCGAAUUCCAAAGUAAAAAGCUACUUGACGAUGCUGGCGUACAAAUUCAGGCCUUCAGAGUUGUUCAAGAUAAGCAAAAAUUGGAUCCCUUAAAUGACUUUAAUGUCAAAGAGUACGUUGUAAAAGCUCAAAUUCUCGCUGGAGGUCGCGGAAAAGGAGUUUUCGAUUCAGGUCUCAAAGGCGGAGUUCAAAUAACAACAGAUCGUACGAAGAUGAUGGAUUUGGUAAAGCAGAUGAUCGGGCAUAAAUUAAUCACAAAACAAACUCCCAAAGAUGGCUUAAUGGUAAAAUCUGUCAUGGUAGCCGACAGCAUAAACAUUUUGCGUGAAACGUACCUUUGCAUUUUGAUGGAUCGUGAAAAUAAUGGACCUGUAUUGAUUGCUUCGCCCGCGGGAGGUGUCGAUAUCGAAGCCGUUGCCGAAAAAACGCCCGAAUUGAUCAAAACUGUACCGAUAAACGUUGAACGAGGACUUGAUGAUAAAACUUGUACUGAUAUCGCCGAAUUUUUGGAGUUCAAAGGUCCUCUCGUCACACAAGCUGCCAAAGAAAUCAAAAAACUCUAUGAGCUUUUUAACAAAGUCGAUGCCGUUCAAAUCGAAAUAAAUCCUCUGGCAGAAACGGAUGACGGGCGCGUCAUUUCUGUCGAUGCGAAACUCAACUUUGACGAUAACGCCAAAUUUCGACAAAAGGAAAUUUUCAAUAUGGAAGUCGUUGACGAGCUGGAUCCAAAAGAAGUUGAAGCAGUGAAAUAUAAUCUGAAUUAUAUCUCGAUGGAUGGAAAUAUUGGUUGUAUGGUAAACGGAGCUGGUUUGGCGAUGGCAACGUGUGAUAUUAUCAAAUUGAAUGGCGGAAAUCCUGCAAACUUUUUAGAUGUUGGCGGAAGUGUGAAGGAAGACCAAGUAGAAAAGGCUUUCCAAAUUUUGACAUCAGAUCCGAAAGUUAAAGUGCUCUUUGUCAACAUCUUUGGCGGAAUUGUGAAUUGUGCAACGAUUGCAAAUGGAAUUGUUGGUGCCGCUAAAAAUUUGGGCUUGAAUUUGCCGUUGGUUGUGCGUCUCCAAGGCAAUAAUGUGACACAAGCGGUGAAAAUUUUGAAGGAAUCCGGCUUACCAAUUCAUUCCGUCUCGAAUUUGGAUGAGGCGGCGAAGAAAGCUGUCGAUGCCUUGAAAGAAUGUAAAUAAGAACGGGUUAGGUUUGUUAGAAAUUUAGAAAUUUUAGAGCUUUUAUUAGUAUUUUUAUGGUUAAUUAAAGUUGAUUACGAAUUUA